ACUUUUGACACUUCAAAACAUUUUAACACUUUAAACCAGAACUUUCUAAAGAUGGCGCACUACUUACUUAAACUUCUUUUGAUGACAUUCGUUGCAAUCGUCAAUGGCGAUUUACUUUUUAUGUAUGCAGAGAGUAGCAAAAUCUCAAUUUGGAAGACUUCAUCGGUUUUCAAAAUCAAGGAGAUAACAGUUAGUCAUUACGACAGAAUAUAUCUUGCGCCACACUACAAAGAAGACCUUAUAUUUUACGCCUACGAAAAAAAACUCUACAGAAUACAUUUAGUUGAUGAAAACGGCAACCGAAAAAUUUCUGGAAAAGGUGAAUUGCUUAUAAACCCUUCUGCAGAUCACAAGGAAAUAUUAUUUGCUACAUUAAGUUCAGGAAUCACAGGAAUACAAGUCGAUGGAUUUAACAAUAAACUCUAUGUUUCGACAUAUAACGAAAUACUGCAAUUCGAUUUAGAAGUUAAAAAUGAAGUCAAAAUUGUGGUCAAACAGUCAGCAUUGAAUAAUAUAUAUUUUUACCAAGGGUUGCUUUAUUUUAAUAAUGAUAGUGGUAUUUUUCGACUAAAUCCAAACGUUCAAAGCAAAAUUGAAACCUUGGUUUUCGCAAAAAACGUUUAUAUAAGUUCGGUAACAAUCGAUGAAGUACGGGGAAAACUUUUAUAUCGGCAAGGUAGCGAAGUCCGAAUGAUUGAUGUUAAUAUGACAGAAUCCUCCUACCCAGUAACCAAUCCGCAUAUUCUAUUGAGUGACAGUUCUGUUACUGGUGGAAUCGGACGACAAGAUGUGGCAGCAAACGAUAGGGUAAUGAUCUGGCUGUCUGACGAGCAACUUUACCUUGGAGUGAUCAACUCAGAUUAUAGUUUCAUUACUAAAAAGAACAUUUACUUGUAUAGAAGUAAAAGUUACUCAUUUCGACCAUUUGAUAUUGUUAUGUUUCACCAUGUGUUUGAUCAAUCAGCUACAGCACCACCAUAUAGCAUUUUAAAAAUUUGCAAAUAAAUAUUGUAAAUAAAUUUAUAUUAUAAAUAAAUGUGUAUUAUAAAAAAAUGUAUAUUAUUUAAAAAAUGGUUUAACUGAUUUAAUC